AUGAGUCUAACAUUAACCCCCGAGUACGAAGCAAGCUAUAAAAGCUUCUCAACUUAUCCACAAAACUUGCUCAACACCCACGCCUUCUUUCCUGCCGCCUUACGAGCUUACAAGAUUCACCUCGACGCUGCAGAGGACACUCUCUUCGUCCAGAAUGAGAACGCUGUUGAUGUUCCCAUUGCCGACCUGGACGAGAACGGAAACUACAUUCGGAAAAAGAACAUAUUCAGCGACCAGAAAUUAAGGGAAUACAUCGGGGACACGGUUGAAGAAGAUGUUCAGACGCACGAGCUUAUACGUGGUUCCUAUGCCUCGAGGCCGGAUCCAAAAUGUCGAUUUAUCUAUUUUUGGGCGAAAAACACGCAGGCGCCGUUGAAGAUCACGAGAAAAAUGUUGACCCGGAUCAUGACUUACCAUCAAGUCACGCCGCAGUUCUUUGAGUUUCUGUUCUUGUUUGGACAGCGAAGCAACGCCCACGACCUCAGGUACAGCGGGUUCCGUGAAAAAACCAGUCUUGACUUCCCGUCACCUGGGCAGGCUCUGCCAGCUCUUGGACGCAGCGGCAAGCAUUUUCAGCUCUGCUACAAUCUUAAGAGGCCCGAAAGUUUGACGCCACCUGGCACACCUUUUCGCGACCAAGAAUGGUCGAUUCGACCAGCUGCAAUUUUUCACCAUUUUGACGUCGAGACAGGAGGUACAAUGUGGAUCGUCAUAAAGAGAGAUCUAGGGCUGAAAGAGGAUAUCCAAGAACUCACAGGGCCCGAUGGUAGGAUAAAAGACAGGUCGUUUGCCACUCCUGGGCAAUCUUUCCGCUCCAGCCUGGCUGUCCACUCUCUUCUUGCCCACUGGGCGACGACUAACUGGCGAUGGUAUAUUCAGUAUUUGGAAGAUACGGUUGACAAAGAGACCCAGGCUGCUGUUCAUGGUUCCAGAGAACUCGUCAGCAACCGGAAAAACUUUUCGCCAAUGGAUUUGCAGCACGUGCAAUGGUGGGAGGAGCGAGCUGUUGAAGCAAAACUGAUCUUAGGCGGGAUUUCAAACGUGCUUCAAGCCAUCAUAGACUACUACGCGUCUUUGCUAAGCCACAGAAACUUCUCUUUGUCAACUACCUGUAGGCCAGACAUCGAGUCCUUGGCCGCACAGAUGAGGGACGCAAUCGCGGACUGCAAGAUGCAACGUGAUCGUGCAGAAUUGCUCACCCAGAUCGCCUCGCAGAGAAAGACCUUGAUCUUGCAGCACCUUCAAUCUCAAGCUACCGAGAAAAUGGAGAAUCUGAGUCUCAUGACCCAGAAAGAAGCCAUCGCCAUGCGGAUCAUCACUGUGGUGACUCUGAUAUAUUUACCUGGAACAUUCGUUUCAACCUUCUUUAGCACAGACGUGGUUACGUAUCAGGGCGACCGGAAUUCUGAAAGCUCAUCUUCCAACCUUGGCACCAGCUUCUCAACUACUGCCAUGUACCGAUGGCUGCAAGUGGCUCUGCCUCUCACUUUUUGCACGCUCGGCAUAUCAUGGAUUGUUUACAAGUACGCCACAAUGAAGACUGUCACACGCUUAAGUAAACAUUGGGAGAACAUCUCACUACCCCGCUAA